UCCGCUCCUCGACCACAGUCAACGUCUAUGGCGGCUAUGGAUACCGUAUAAAACGUGCAUCUGUGUCCGCAUUGUAAGUACACAUCCGUCACCUCUCUAAGCAUGAGUCUCAAGACAUCUUUAACUAGGACUGUAGCAGUCAUUGGCGGGUCCUACGGAGGUCAUUCUGCCGCACAGGUACUCGCUCACGGUCUUCCAGAGAAUUGGCGUGUGGUGGUUAUUGACCGCAACAGCCAUGCAAACCAUCUUUAUGUUUUUCCACGCUAUUGCGUAGUCCCUGGCCAUGAAUUUAAGGCUUUUAUACCUUAUGACCGUAUUUUUUACAAGGCCGAAGAAGGCUCUAUCAUUCCACCGAAGAAUGACCGUCAUCUCAUGCUCCAUGCUACCGUCACGGAUCUCGAGGAGCAUUCGUUGACGCUCUCGAGGGCCAUCCCUGAAAUGGGAGUCAUGGAGCCAAAGCUCACCUUCGACUAUUUGGUGUAUGCCUUAGGCUCUCACCCCCCGGAGCCCAUCGACCUCUGGGGUUCGGUCAACUUGGGCUCCGUUCCAUACGACGGGACGAAGCCCGUUGGCAUGGAAUGGAUGAAGAGCGCCCAGAAGCGCAUACAGGAAGCCUUGAGCGUGUUGAUUGUUGGGGGCGGCGCUCUAGGCAUUCAAUAUGCCACGGACAUAGCUGAUGCAUAUCCGGACAAGCCUGUGACGCUCCUCCAUUCUCGGGAUAGAUUGCUGCCUAGGUUUGAUCCUGGCAUGCACGAGCUCAUUACAUCUCGCAUGUCAGAAUUGGGAAUCCAAGUCAUUCUCGGCGAAAGGCUGGACGUAUCGUCCGUUCCGCCUAGUGCACUCAUCACCACGAAAGAACAUGUGCUCCGUACUCUCUCGGGGAGAGAAAUUCGCGCUGGCUUAGUGCUCCUGUGCACAGGUCAGCGACCGAAUACUGACCUACUCCGUAAAGUGGCUCCUGACUCUAUCAUUGCCGAUGGUCCAAAUCACGGCCAAGUUCGCGUCACCCGGUCAAUGCAAAUCGCAGUUCCAUUGGCGGAACCUUGUUGCUCCGAUGGUUUACACUCCAUUUCACCGCAUAUUUUUGCAAUUGGUGAUCCGGCCGAUGCCUUCGGAGCAUCCAAGCUUGGUUAUUGUGCUCACAGCCAGGGUAUGGUCGCAGCAAAUAACAUACUCAAACUUGUCCAACGCCAGGAAGGAGCUUCCGGGGACGAAACUCUCGGGUCAUACAGCCCUGGACCGCCCGGUAUCAAGCUCUCCGUGGGAUUGACUCAAGCGAUAUAUCAACGCAACGGCACCAUAGGACAAAUGACCGACCAACCUGUGGACUGGGAGGCCGCUUAUAUGUGGCGAGUUUUUGGUCAUCCUGAUGUCCGGUAAGAAUGCUGUAUGUCGAUUCUUUUUAAAUGCUGCUAUUUGCAACAUAGUGCGUUUUCGACGUCUUUCUGUUGCAGGUGUACUGACUCAACCCUGCGGUUUUUGUCAUCGUAGGUUCCAGCCGAUCUCGCUGGAUGACUUAAACGAAUAGAAGUUGGUUAAUGUGUACCUCAGUCCCCGCUCAAUUGAUGAAGUAUAACUUUUGCUGGAUAACCGGUAUCUGGACGACCAGCUUCACCAUAUCUCCGUACGGA